AUGCGUCACUUCGAUACCUGGGUCCUUCGUGACCCCUACUCUAUCUGGCACUACUAUCCAACCGGUCAUCGCUGGCGCGAUACCGUCCGCGAUUUAAUCCAAUCGCGCGCCAUUUGCUCCCCAGAGAAUAAUCUCAACCCUCCUAUAGACUGGAGUCCACCUCAAUCUCAACAAUCUCCCCUCCUCCGCCUCCCCGCCGAAAUUCGCCAAAUAAUCUGGUCCUACGUCUUCACCAAUUCUCCUAUCCCAAAUACCCAAACCAUUCACUUAGUUCAAUUAAAAGGCAAAAUUCGACAUGUUCGCUGUCCAACUCUUCAAAAUUCCCAGAACCCACCAAAUCACCCAAACCCUUCCUUAACCCAAAAUCGCCACUGUUGCCCCACAACCCCAGCCCGCUGGCGCAUCUACGACGGCCGUGUCCCAGGACACAGCGACAGACUCCUCUACCCACAUACCCACUCCCAUCUCCCUUUAACACUAAGUAAUAGCAAUACCGCCUUGCUACGUGUCUGUCGCACCAUCUAUUUCGAGGCAGAGACGAUACUCUACCGAGCCUCGCAAUUCGAUGUCGACGAUUUAUACACUUUUAUUGCAUUUGUGACGUCGUUGUCGCCUACUGCGCGUGCGGCGAUUUCGAGACUCACAGUGCAAUGGAUGCCGAUCUGGGUGCCGAUGGCCGGGUUGGAUCAUAAGGGGUCUAUCUACGCGCAUACGCAUAGUGAUGAGCUGUGGGUUAGGUUUUGGGAGGUGGUGGCCUCGUUAGAAGGGUUGAGGGUGUUGGGGUUGAGUUUGGAUUUGGGGAGGUUUACCAGUAUUGUGGGGAGUACGGGGGAGGCGGUGGUUUCCGGUCAGAGAAUUCCCUUUGGGAUUCAGGAAGGGUGGGUGAAGCCCAUUCUGAGGGUUCGGGGGGUGAAGGAGUUUGAUUUGGCCGUUACGGCGAGAUGUGAUUUGCUUGCUAAAGGGGUGGUUGAGGGGGAGUUGGUGAGGGAUGUUGGGCUUUUGAGGGAGCAAUUGAGAGGGUUGUUGUCUGGGCCGAGGGAGAGGGUCAAGGGGAUGGAGAGGAAGAGGAAGAUUAUACUGGCUAUUACUGCUGCUUGA